AUGGCGUCGAGACGGCAUUCCAUGUCGCGCUCGUUCGCGUCGCACCGCGCGCUCAACGCGCUCGGGCUCGCGCGCGGACGCGGAGGCACGGUGAGACGUGCGCGCGGUGGGUGCGCGAUGCCGACGCGCGCGCGCGCUGGACCGUCGUCGCCGUACGCGAGCGAUGAACCGCCGAGUGGUUUCACGUUGGCUGAUCAAGUGAAACGGUUCGCGCGGGCCAAGGCGAGCGCGGACGCGCGCGUGAUGGACAUCGACGCCGUGUACGAUGGGUCGUAUCUCGAGGGUACGCGCGUGUUGGUCACGGGGGCGAACCGAGGGAUCGGAUUGGCGCUGUGCGAGGAACUCGCGGCGCGAGGGGCGAACAUCGUGGCGACGUGCCGAAGCGCGAGCGACGAAUUACGCGCGCUGAACCCGGCGGAGAUCAUCGAGGGCGUGGACGUGACCUCGUCCGCCUGCUGCGAGAAGAUGGCCAAGGCGGUGAGCUCGCCGGUGGACAUCGUGAUCAACAACGCGGGGUACUUUUACGAACCCGUGGAGAAGGUCACGGACGGUUCCUUGGAGUUUGACGAGGAGAUGAAGAUGAUCGAUAUCUGCGCCUUGGGACCGCUUCGCGUCACGAACGCGCUGUACCACGCGGGUAAGAUUCCCAAGGGCGGGAAAAUCGCCAUGAUCACCUCGCAAGGCGGGUCCGUGACGUGGCGCGAGGUGCAGAACCCGGCUGGCGGUGACUACGGGCACCACAUGUCCAAGGCCGCGGCGAACAUGGGCGCCAAGCUCUUAGCGCAGGAGCUCAAGCACGAGGGUAUCAUGGUGCAAGUCCUUCACCCCGGGUUCAACAAGACGGAUAUGACGGCAAAGUACGCGAAAAUUUGGGAGAUCGAGGGCGCCGUGGACGCCUCCGUCGGGGCGAAGCGCGUGAUGCACGAAAUUGGUCUGAUGACGCCCGAGUACAACGGCAUGUUCAUCAACUGCGAGGAUGGCUUGCAAAUCCCGUGGUAA